AUCUCUUUCACAUGUGAUGAUGUGAAAGAGAUUGAUAACCUUGGAAAUGAAACAGUUAUUUCAAAGUUCGAAUUUGGUAGUUGCAGGUUAAUCGAAUCAGAGUAAAAUGAACUUUCUUUUUCAUCCACUUUUUUUUUAUUUUUCACUUUUGUUUUUCACUGCCCUUUAUUUAGUUUAAAUGACAAAAUCGACAAAGUAGCCCUUCACCCCUUUCCCCCUCUCGUUCACAGUCACAACAACGGCAACGGCGAUGAAUAACCCUUAAUCAGUGGUCGGCGAUCCCCACUAUCUCUCCGGCGUUCUUUGGCUGUUGAAAUCAUCUCGCCGGCGUCCUGGACGGAUUAAUUUCCCCAAUAUCCCAAUGCCUCAUCCUCUAGUUCUCCCCCGUUGUCCCAGCAAAACAAUAGAAAUGGUGCUGAAGAAUAUUGGUUCAGGCGACGGAAAAUUGCAGCAGCAGGGAACUAGACGAGCUUAAACUCUUGACUUCGUGGAGCAACUUUGAAACGCCUAAAACAGUAAGCUUUUGAUUCCAGUCGAUUUAUUUCUGAAAUACUGGCAUAGAUGAAUUAGAAAGCAUAAAAUGGCGAUUCGAAUCUAUGAAUUAAAUUAUAAAGCUUAGAUUAAGAAGUUUAUGAUUUGUUAGGGAUUGAUUUGGCAUGCAUAUUAGUUUCUGAAUCAAUGAAACAUAACCUACACUAACAUGUUUAUGUGAGGUCUCUACGAAGCGUUUGACCAAUUUGACUUAUUAACUUGCUGUAUGUAAGGUUGUUACAAGAUCAGAUUUUUUGGAAAGUUUGAGGCAUGAUAAGAAUUACUGAUUGGAGCUUAAAGGUUUCAAGAUAUGCGCUUGAGAAAUCAAUGGUUUGCAUGUUUUUGAAUGUUUACAUGAAGGCUGGAAUUGGGAUUAACUUGUUAUAUCUUGUUUUAAAUUGUGAACCCAUAAUUGAUCAGCUUUGGUAGAACUUAAAUUCUCUUGUACUAUUUAAAGUGACCUAUUGGAAUUGUUAUUUAAGAAUCGUUAUUUGGAUCCGUUUUCAAGAUUUCUUUUUAUGAAUGUCUUCUUUGUUUAACCCAAUUUAAUGAGGCAAUUUCAGAUUAAAUGAAUUUCUGGUUUGUCCAGAAAUUCGAUUAGAUCGUCGCAUAUCAGUCACUGGAAAAUCUGGAAAUUUGAAUGUAAUCCAUGAUAAAGUCUAUAUAUCUUUUUCCCUGGCCGGAAAAGGCUUGAGUUCAUCUUCUUCUCUUCUAAAAUCCAUGAUGAAGUCUAUAUAUCUUGUUCCAUCAUUUUGGCUCAGUUAGUUUCUUAUAUUGUAUAUGCUGUAAAGCGUAAAUACAGAGUUGGAUGAUGUUUUGUUCAUUUUUAUGGUUGAGUUUUCAUCUUCUAUGGUUUUGGGUGUGCUUGCAAUUUUUUAAAGAUUGGCACUCGUCUUGAAUGUCUAUCUCUGUGCUCUUUCCUUCAUUUGAACGCUUCUGCUUGUGGUUCUUUGUUGAUGUUUGACUGAUGAAAGUGUUUAAAUUUGAUCUUUUGUUGCUUUUAAGUAAUUUUUUCCAAUAUGUAGGAUACUUAAAUGUUAUUCCAUUAUGAGGAACAAUAUGAAACAUUUUGACACAUGUUGCGCAAGAUAGCAUGAACUAGUAAUGUUGGGAGCACCAUUGUGCACUUUGGUUGUAUAUGGGUUGUUGAAUUGGAUGGUAAGGGGGAAGGAAGUGUACAGAUGUUCUAGGUUUCAUAUCUCCCAGUUACGAAGGGAAAACUGGUUUUCGUGGCGCAGGGUAUAGCAAGUGAGAGCUCAUGAUCAUUUUCCUUUGUAGUUGGAAAUGGCUUAACUUGUUCAUCAUUGGGUAUUUUCUAGUAAUUGUGCCAUGACAUGGACCUUUAGUAUGUUUGGCAUGCAUUCGGGUUAUCAUUGAUGUGAUUGGAACGUGUGCUGGCCUUACUUUUGGGUUGAAUUUUUUGUUGUUUUGGAGUUUUUGACAAGAAAUGGUUUGUAGCAGUUUAGAUGUUAAAUUCCAAUUUGGUGUAUGCUUAAGCAUAAAUAUUGCCAUCCCUAUCCUCUUCUCCUCCUCGCCUACCCACUUCAACUUCUUCCUCUGUUUCUAUUUUCCUAAAAACUGUAAUGAUGAGCAUAUUGAACAGGUUUUUACUUCAUUUAGUUGAAUGUCAUUGUUAGUCACAUCAAUGAUUAGAAACUUUUCAGAAAAGGGGAUUGCAGGUCUACGAUAACAGUCCAAGCUUCCUCAAGGAGCUUUGUUCUCAUCUAAAGUUUGCAGCUUGUACCUGGUUUGGGCAGUAGGAAUUCUAUCCACCAUCUAAGUUGGACAUUUAACACCGUUCUUAAGUACAUUAUACUGCAGAUAAGUGAUGUCUCUACGUAAACCUCCGCUUCCUCGCCUUCUCCUAAAUAAUGUAUCUUGCAUGAGAAAUGCUCAGCAAAUCCUGCGCCAUGUAAAUGCCUCUAUUCAUGAUGGUAGUGCCCUUGUUCUGACCGGCACAAAUGGCUCAGGCAAGACCACUUUCUUGCGCAUGUUGGCAGGAUUUUCUAAACCAUCUGCGGGUGAGAUACUAUGGAAUGGACAUGACAUUACGGAUUCUGGUGUUUUCCAUCAAUAUAAGCUUCAACUCAACUGGCUCUCACUUAAAGAUGCUAUCAAGGAGAAGUUUACAGUCCUUGACAAUGUUCAAUGGUUUGAAGUUCUUGAAGGCAAGGACGGUAGCAGGUCUUUGCCUGCUAUAGAGCUUAUGGGGCUUGGAAGAUUAGCAAAAGACAAAGCAAGAAUGCUUUCGAUGGGUCAACGGAAAAGACUACAGCUAGCACGUUUACUGGCAAUUGAUCGCCCAAUUUGGUUGCUUGAUGAACCGUCCGUCGCAUUGGACGACGAUGGGGUGAAACUGUUGGAGUAUAUUAUUGCAGAACAUAGAAAGAAAGGUGGCAUUGUCAUUGUGGCUACUCAUUUGCCGAUUAAGAUCGAAGACGCAAUGGUUUUAAGAUUACCGCCAAGGUUCCCACGGAGGAUGACUUUGGUAGACAUGCUUGAUCGAGGGUGACUAGAUUGAGACGGCGAUAGUCGUGGACAACAUGUGCGAGAUUCCACAAAAACAGUGCAUCUCAGGCACCAAGGAGAUUUUGAGAGGGAACCCUUGUUAUCCAACUUGAUGGCCAGCUCCUUGGUGUUAGACUUUUUGAGUUGUUCCUUCGUGCUGCGUAUCAUCACUCUUUUUAAGUUUUACUUGCUCUACUUUUAG